AUGGCGCGUGUGAAGGAAGCCAUUGCUCAGCAUGCAGGGUUGCCAAAUCUGAACCUGAAGAGGGUGAACUUUCUGAAGGUGCACCUGGAAACUGUAAAUAAAUGCUACUGUGAGUACAACGGUUUCCAGAACGACAUUUACGCUCUGGCCCUCCAAGAGGAUCAGCACAAGCAGCAGGAUGCAAACUACGUAGAAUUUGAAAUGCUGCACAACGAGCUGGUGAUAGAACUGAACGACUUGCUGGAUGCAGUUGUGAGUCCGAAUUCGAACACUGCGGUGGUCCCUGCGGCUGGAAUCGUUGUUCAGCAGUACCUCCCGCCUCUGAAUGUACCACUGCCAACUUUCGACGGCACUUACGAAUCGUGGUUUUCGUUUAAGUGCAUGUUCCAGAACGUGAUGGCUCGAUACACGGCAGAGUCACCUGCGAUCAAGCUGUACCAUCUCCGGAAUUCAUUGGUCGGUAAAGCAGCUGGUAUUAUCGAUCAGGACAUUGUGAACAACAAUGAUUACGACGCGGCGUGGGACUUCCUGCAGGAGAUGUAUGAAGACAAAAGGAUGAUCAUCGACAGACACAUCGCAGCAUUCCGUUCCCUCCCAAAGCUUACGCCGGACAAUGUCCUCGAACUACGAGAACUGAUUGACAAGUGUGUCAAAGGCGUCGAGGCAUUGAAGACGUUCGAGCUUCCCGUGAACGGAUUGGGGGAGCAGAUGUUGCUUAAUCAGCUGGCUACGAAAAUGGAUAGAGACACGCGGAAGGCUUGGGAGGCAGAGCAGAAGGCUAAGGAACUGCCGACGUAUGUGGAAACCAUCGAGUUCUUGAAGAAGCGCUGCAGAAUCCUGGAGAGGUUGGAGCAGAGUAGUGCGACAGAACCAGGUGAGGAACCCACGAGGAGAACGGUUGCAAUGGUGAUUGCGAACGAGGCUUGCUGCACUUUUUGCAGCCAGCUGCACAAUCUGGAUGAGUGUGAGCAGUUUGAAGCGAAAGGUGUGAACGAAAGAUUCAGCCAUUUUCGAAAAAGUGUGUUAUGCUUCAACUGCUCGCAGAGAGGACACCGUGCAUCCGAGUGCACCUCAACGAACUGCUGUCGGAAGUGCAGCAAGCGACACCAUACUCUGCUACACACGGAGAAAUUCAGGAAGAAAGACUCGCAACGGCCGACGAACGGUUCUGGAACAACGGAAGUUCCACAAACUGCAGCGCGUUGUCCCGCUGGUGAUGUACCGGAAGGGCAGAUUCUACUACCAACGGUGUCGGUGAAAGUCUACGGCAGGAGCGGCGCACCCCACCUUUGCAGGGCGCUGAUCGACUCGUGUUCUGAAAAGAACUUUGUGACUGAGAGAUUCGCCAAGACGUUGGCGAUCAAGGAAGAACGUGUCAACUACCAAGUCAGCGGUUUGAACGGGAGCACCACGAAACUCAACCGGAAGAUCCGAACGAAGAUCUCAUCACGAACGAGCAAUUUUGAAACCGAAGUUGAAUUGCUGAUAACACCGAAGAUCACCGGCGAUCAGCCUGUGAAAUCGCUCGACGUAUCCCGAUGGAACGUGCCCCCGGACGUUGAUCUCGCAGAUCCAGACUUCAACAUCAAAGGCCCUGUGGACAUGCUGCUUGGAGCUGCCAUAUUCUGGGACUUGAUGAAGGCAGGCAGACUUGAUUUGGCGGCGAAUCAUCCAUCUCUCACGAAGACAGAGUUUGGAUGGGUGGUUGGUGGAAUGCACUGA